AUGGUUGACCCACGAUGUGUCCUCCUUGUGGUUUUUGUGUCUAGUACAGGACAAACGGUACAAGGAGCUAUCGGCACUAUGGAAGACUGGAUUAAACUGAAUCAUAUACUGUUUUCAAACUAUACAAAGGAGAUUUACCCUGUGUACAACUUUCAAGAUGAUCUGAACAUAGAUAUAUCGAUGUUUUUAUUAUCCAUUCUUGACUUCGAUGAAGUAACAGGAGUAAUAACUUUAAGUGCUGGGUUCAGUAUAUAUUGGUCUGACUAUCGUUUAAAAUGGACAACAGACAUUUACGGAGGGAUUGGACAUAUACAAGUGAAUUCGUCUAAGGUUUGGAAACCAAAGAUAUAUGUAAUCACUUCUGCCGACGACCUAAGUCAUGUUGGUAGUGACGAAUUUGAGUUAGAUAUUUCUUACUUAGGCAGAUGUGAUUAUGUCCCUGGACAACUUUUGAAAUCUGUUUGUACGGUCGAUAUGUCAAGAUUUCCACUUGAUACUCAAGUCUGUAAAAUACGAGUAGCCCUUUGGAGGGCAUCACCCUCUCUGAAACUUUCUUUUACCAAAACAGAAUUCGUUAUGGAUUGGUAUGUUUCAAACGGAGAAUGGGAUAUAGAUAAAACUGAUGUGUCUUACUACAUGGGGUUCGGAACACCCUCUAAUACUCUAGAUUUUACGCUUCAAAUAUCUAGACGACAUAUUUACUUUGUCGUAUCGAUGACAAUACCAGUUCUGCUGUUGUGCUUUCUGAACCCGUUCGUGUUCCUCCUUCCAUCAUCUUCAGGGGAGAGGAUAUCCUACACUAUCACGAUGUUCCUGUCUCUUGCUGUCUACAUGACACUCAUAGAAGACAUUCUCCCUAAAGUGUCAGAAAACAUGGCUGGGAUGUCGUAUUUCUUGCUGAUAACCUUAUUCUACAGCGGUAUGUUGAUCGUACUGACGAUAUUCACACUUCGUUGUGAAGAUGUGACGGAUGUUAAAGAGUUUCCAAAAUGGCUGCGACGACUUACAAGCUACAUGUGCAACAAGAAAGGAAAUAAAGUUAUCAGCGACACAAUUUUGGAAGUAGAGGAUCAGGGUGGAGCUGCAAUGGUCGACGAUAGUGAUGUUGAUGAGAAUUAUUUGUGUGUACAACAUAAGGAGGUGAUGAAAGUCGUUGACAAUUCUCUGUUUGGAUUCUCCUUUCUGGUCAUCAUCAUGAUGACUGUAUGGUUUUUAUGUACCUACCAUUCUUAG